AUGUUACCUGUAGGUUGGGUCCCCUGUAAGAACCACUGUGCCAUGUUACCUGUAGGUUGGGUCCCCUGUAAGAACCACUGUGCCAUGUUACCUGUAGGUUGGGUCCCCUGUAAUAACCACUGUGCCAUGUUCCACACAGCUUGGGUCCGGCCGCUGGGCUGCUGGACUGACCGAGCCUCCCGAGCCAUCCAGCCGCUAGAGGGGACAGACCCGCUCCUGUCCGACUCCUACCAGAGCCGGCAGGAGCCGCUGCAGAAGUGCUAUUCCGUCUCGCGAGACUUGGGCUACAGCGUGUUCGCGCUGCAGAACGGCGGCUGGUGCGCUUCCACUGCCACCGCGCAGGACACCUACCGGAUGUACGGGGCGUCAUCGGGUUGCCAGGCCGACGGGGAGGGCGGGGGGUAUGCAAAUGAAGUCUACGAAAUCAUCGAUGAAGACCACAACCCUUACCGAUCAUCCUUCCUGUCCAACGCUAGGAGUUUUCAGUGCGGAAGUGAGGCAACUAUGUACGUCAUUUCCGGGAAUGAGAGCAGUAUUGGGCAAAUACUGAGCCCGCGUCACGGCGGAGGCAGCUACCCAGCAAGCAGCGCGUGCAGCUGGCUCAUCGGCGCGGGCGAAACGGGACAAAUCUCGCUUAACUUUACACAGUUCAGCUUGGAGAACAGCUCGGCGUGUUCGGACGACUACGUGGCUAUUUACGAUGGACCUGGCACAUCAUCGCAGCUGCUGGGGAAAUUCUGUGGCACCGACGGACCGGGAGUGGUGAACUCCACGGCUGGAUAUUUGCUCGUCGUCUUCAGAUCCGAUAACUCUUUGGAAUUCAGAGGGUUUGAAGCGGAUAUCACGACCAGGACAGUGUCAACGACUAUCCCGGAAUGUUAUCCAGAUAUCAGUCUUGCUGGAGGAGGACCGACCAUGGACCAGGCCUUACCGGUGGAGAGGCCGGUGCCCUUUACCAUUCAGGCUAUUACUGACGUCACAUGUAAUGAGACAUACUCUGUCGAGUUUCAGUGGAUGGUUUAUUCCUAUAUUGACGGCUUGCUUCAGUGGACAGAUGUCAGUGUGCCGUCAAACUACCAGGAAAUAUUCAUACCCAAAAACACCCUGCAUCCCGGACUGGUCAGACUAGAUCUGAACGCGACUGUUGUGGUUGAGAGAACAGGUGCCAGGAAUUCUCUAGUUGAAGCCCGGUGGGUGGAGAUAGUCCUCUCCCCGCUAGUGACGUCCAUCACGGGCGGGUCCGCCAGAGCUGUGAGCCGGCUGGAAGACUUAGUGCUCAGCGCGACUGAUUCUUACGACCCCAACGGGAUUGUAACAGACUCGGCCGAUUUGAACUUCACCUGGAGCUGCUUGGAAGAAAACGGUCGCCACUGCAGCAUAUUCCCGGACGGAGGGCGCCAGCCGCAGUACACGGUCCCCCCGUCAUCGUUACCAGCCUCCGACAACACCUUAAACAUUUCUGUGUCAGCAAGUUUCGGCCGACAAACAGCCUCACCUUUCCAGCAGAGAGUGGAACUAAGGAAUGGAACAGUGCUGGAAGUGGAAAUCAUAGGCUGCAGCCAGACAGCUAACCCGUCCGAGCGGCUGGUGCUGCGGACAGCAUGCAGGAACUGUCCAUCGUCCUCCACGUCGUACCACUGGUCGCUGUUAGACCUCCCACGUGAGGCCGGGAUGGAGGGGGGCGACUGGACCGGCCUUCUCUCCACCAGCAGUACUUCCCCCAGUCUGGUCGUGAAAGCCAACUCACUUAAGAUCCCCGGAUCAUACAGGAUCCGCGUGGACGUAUCGGCUCCAGAAGAAGCAGCUGGAUUUGCUGAGUGUGCCUUCAACAUGAACAGCGCGCCCGAGAGCGGUACGUGCGUCAUACAACCAAUGUCUGUCAGUGAGGAGUUUUCAGUCAUAUGCGAGGGAUUCAGUGAUGCCAACACGCCAUUGGUCUACUCACUUUAUCAAAAGUCAGAUUCUUCAGACGGAUCCCUGCAGUUCUUAUCCAGCUGGCCGGAUGGCCGAAUGCCUGCAUUGCAGCUGCCCGUCGGGUCGCCAUCUAGAAACUUCACGUGCGACUUGGAAGUUCACGUAUCAGACGCGCGUGGGGCAGUCCUUAUCUCCAACACCAUGUCAGUUCAGGUUCCGUUGCCAAGUGAAGAAGAGACCUACUUCCUACUUGGAAACUUGAGCAGCACCCUGGACAGGCUGAUAGGCAGCGGUGACACGAGAGGACUCCUGAACAUUGUGCAUCGUGUCAGCUCCAUCCUCAAUGCAGACACCUUUCCUCAGCACAGGAAAAACACAGCUUCGGAGGCGCGGAGAACCAUGACUAGAAAGGUGCAGAUGAUCGCUGAACAGAUGCAGACGUUGGAAGGUUACAGGCAGCUGAGCACAGUGAUUACGGUUCUAACAGCUGCCGCAGACCAGAUAACAGCUGAAGUACAGGCUGACGUAGUUGAGAUGAUGAUGAGAGUAGUGACGUACUUCAGCAGCCAGCCCAAGGAGAUUCUCGGACCAGAGCGACUGGAGGAGGCGGCCAGAAGUGUCUUUAUCGCUGCGGCAAACAUCAUUUCGUCAUCGUUAGUAUUGUCUAACGUCAGCAACUCAACGUCUGCACAUCGGCAAGAGCUCCAACAAGCCACCAUGUCGGCGAUCGGCGCGGCUGAAGGUCUGUCUGAGGCAAUCCUGUCCCGCAAGACCCCGGAUGAAGCAGCGACGUCCUACAGUAUGACGGGAUCCACGAUCACGCUUGGCAAAUAUCGUCUCCUCCAGCCAACCAUGCCACUUGUCUUCAGAACCAACAACCAAUCAUCGAGCUUCGUGGCUGUACGGAAUAUAACCGCGCUGAUCGGCGAAGCUAACUCUGCGAUCCAUUCGAUCGGAGCAAUGAAUCUGCUCACAAGAAGCCGGCUGUACGCCGAUGCAGGCGACUCGGAGAAAGUCCAGUCCACUGUGAGCAGGCUGAGGCUCUUUACUGACUCGGGACCGCUGCAGACCGGAAACUCGGGACCGCUGCAGACCGGAAGUGGAAAUGCUCCCAUCGAGGCUGUUAGUGAACGGCUGGAGCAGUUUCCUGUUGUGGAACAUCCGGGCACAACUGAGCCUCCGUGGAAGUACGCCAUGCAGGUUCACUCCUUUAACGUGACGGAGCCAGGCAGCUCUCUUCACAUCUCGCUGUCGGAGCUGUCACGUGACGUGCCUGUCCGGCUGUACCUGAGACGAGCCAAGCUUCCAUCCCGAGAGGAAUUUGACAGGAACAUCACCAUUUCUACGCAAGCGGAAAACACACCGUAUUCGGUCGCAUUCGAUGAAACAACUGUGUUGAGACAGGACAGAUACACGUGGUUUGUUCCGCCCGAUGACGUCACGGCAGUUGGUGGACCUGGUGAAUUUACAGUCGGCGUUGAGCAUGUUCCUUAUGCCGGGAAUGUGACAACUUCACCUGAUGUGAGUGCGGAAGAAUACAGUCAUGUCAACUUCACCCUGAACUACAAGAUAACGCUCUUCACAACAAACUGUCUCUCAUUCAAUGAAACAUCUCAUCGUUGGGCGUCAGACGAUUGUCGUGCUGGCCCACUGACGACCACCGCACGGUCCCACUGCUACUGCAACCGCCUGGCGACAUUCAGCUCCGGCUUCACGUUCUACCACGCAGAGCGCGCAGUUAUCCCACUGGAGCCCCCUACACCAGAGUGUUUUCCUGGCGUCACAUUGUCUGGUGGCGGUGUCGACCAAUCAGCAGCGCUAGCUGUGGAGCGGCGGGUUCCACUGACCAUCCAGAGCACACUCGUCAUAUCUUGUAACGAAUCGUACACCGUCGCCUUCCAUUGGCAAGUUUUCCAUUACGUCAUGGGCCAUGUAGAGCCUGUUUCCCUGCCCGUUCCCGCGGACUCUGCAGACAUCACCAUUCCCAAAAACACGCUGAUGUACGGACUGGUCAAAAUCGAGCUCAACGCUACCGUCAACAUCAACAGGACCGGAGACCAGAAUUCUCUCCAGGGGGAACAGUGGGUGGAAGUUUCCCCUGCGCCGCUGGUUGCACUCAUAGCGGGCGGCUCUGCGAGGGCGGUCGGCAAGCGGGGAACGCUGGUCCUCAACGCUUCAUCCUCAUACGAUCCUGAUGGGAUCAUCACGGACCACACGGACUUCAACUACACAUGGACCUGUCAGGGGGAAAAUGGAACAGUUUGUAACAGUGUCUUUGAGCAGGAGGAAAGCGGGCCUUCAUUCUCCAUCCCUGCGUCGUCGCUGCCGACCGAGUCCGCCAUCUUUAAUUUCUCAGUGCACAUUAGCUCAGGCACCAGAACGUCAGCAACCUUUUCACAGACAGUAGAGCUGAAGGACGGGGAAGUCCUCAACGUUCUGAUAAGCUGCUUUGUGAAUUGUAACGACCGGAUCAACCCUUCCGAGCGACUCGUCCUGGUGACGUCAUGCGAUAACUGCCCCCCUGACACCGUCUACUCCUGGUCUCUGAGAGACUCUCCGACGACCUUUGGACGGGACGACUUGGACUGGGUCGUGGAUACCGCCACCGGGAGGAGCGCACAGGAUUUGGUGGUCAAGGCCAACGUCUUAAACGUACCAGGAGACUACACCCUGAGGCUGGAUGUCAUGUCGACUUCAGGGUCCCGAGGUCUGGGCGGAGCUGGGUUUACUGAGGCGCGGGUGAAUGUGAACGAACCGCCCACUCCCGGCACGUGCUCGGUCUCUCCCGCCUCCGGCACAACCGCCAGCACACUCUUCUCCGUGUCCUGCCGAGGGUUUCAAGACACGGACAGACCGCUGAUAUAUGCUCUUUACUACAGCGACGGACAGACUACAGCCUUCCGUGCCCUAUUCAGUGGACCACAAAGUGAACUGCCUCCUACGCUUUUGCCUGUUGGACAAGAGUCACGCGAUUUCAACGUCACCCUGCAAGUCCGUGUCUCGGACGCAUUUGGAGCCGUGGCUUACUCUAACAACAUGACGGCACAGGUGCAGUUGCCUAGCGCCGAGGAGACUGUUGCAGCGCUGGGGAAUCUCAGCAGCAACAUUGACAACCUGCUGGACAGUGGGAACUCCCAGGGCGUGGUGCAGCUGGCCAGCAGUAUCGGCUCCGUGCUGAACACACCGGGUCGAGAUGCAACAAACGAAAGUAGAACCGCAGCACAAAAGGCGAGAACGAAGCUGGUGACUGCCUUGGAAGCCGUGGAAGUGCAGACAGUAGAGAACAUCAAUCUGCUGGCCGGCGCUCUCGGGCAGGUCACGGCUGCCGAUGACCAGGUCACGCCUGAUGCCCAGGUUUCCUCCUCAUCCAUCGCGCUGAAGAUGUCCCAAGUUCUGAGCAGCCAGUCCGUGCAGGACCUGGGGGCGGAGGGUCUGGAGGAGUCGGCCGGAAACGUGCUCAGUGUGGUUGUCAACACCCUACAAGCUUCUUCCACGUCUGCCUCUGCUCAAAGACGCUCCGGAUCAGUAGAAGACGGAACAACGCAGCUUGCAAAAAACCAACAGGCGACCACCACCAUGUUUGCUGCUAUGGAGAACGUUAACGGCGCCAUCUUGGACCGCAAGACCCCGGAUGAGAGCCAGACUGCCUUUGACUUUGGCACAUUUGGAAUUGCCGUUAACAAAGAACGGUGCAGCGCGACGUCAUCGGCUCCCAAAAUCACAAGGACCAGCGACACGUCACUCAACUUCUUCGUCGUUCCUAGCACCAGCACGCUGUUGGGGGGAAGCUGCGGAGGGGAAAGCUCCGUUGGAACUGAGAAUUUCCAGUCCAAGAAAAACCCCUACGCCUACUCCGGAAGCUCUGACGCGGUGCAGUCGUCUGUGAACGGGCUGACGGUCCGGGGGCAGGGCGGUCCUCUGGCGGUCAGCAGGCUGAGCGAGCCCGUGCAGAUCGUGACGGAGCGUGCGGAGGGACUGCCGGCGGCAACUGAGACGGGAUCUACCGUGCCGUCCUGGCAGCAGGCCAUGUCGAUGCACUCCUUUAACGUGACGGAGGCCGGGAGCUCCAUCCACAUCACGGUGCUGUCUGUGGAGCAGAACGUCUCCCUCCGGCUGUACCUCAGGCGGAACGACCGCCCCACACGCACGAACUUUGACCUCAACACGACUCUGCCUCGCCCGUAUUCUGAAGUAUUCAAGGUCCAGCUCGGGAACAAUCAAAGCGCGGACCAAAGCACGUUCAACUGGUUUAUUUCUGCUGACGAAAUCCUGAAUGUUGGGGGAGUCGGAGAGUUCACAGUGGGUGUUGACCAUGUUCCCUAUACGGAAGCCGGGAGGACAGAGCAAAGCAUUCAGAGUGACUACAGUCACGUCAACUUCACAACAAACUACACCAUGCAGAUCUUCACUACAACCUGCCUCUUCUUUGACGAAGUCACACAGCAGUGGAAGUCUGACGGUUGUAAGGCCGGUCCGCUGACAAGUGAUCGCCUGUCCCACUGUUUCUGUGACCAUCUGACGUCGUUUGGAUCCGGUUUCACCUUCUUUGUUGCCCCGAAUUCUCUCAACAUCCUUCAGGCUCUUCAGGGCUUCCUGAACAUCGGCGAGAACCCAGCUGUAGUCAUUUGUAUCAGCGUUAUUUUCGGUCUCUACCUCUUGUUGGUGAUCUGGGGAAGGCACAAGGACAAAGAAGAUGCCAGGAAGGUCGGAGCCACUCUGCUAAGAGCCUCCCGGCGAGGACACGACAACUUCUACAGAAUCAUGGUGUUUACUGGGCCCAGGGCGAGCGCUGGGACAACAGCACGGGUUUCUCUAAAACUGUUUGGAGAGUCCGGCGAAGCUGGCCCUGUUGUGUUGGAGGAUCUGGACCGGGUCACGUUCCAGCAGGGCGCGGUGGACACGUUUGUGCUGUCGGCAGGCUGCAGAUUGGGCGCGCUCAGCGCCGUGCACGUCUGGCACGACAACACGGGUGGGGACCCGUCAUGGUACUUGAACAAGAUAGUGGUGCUGGACUGCGACAAUGAUGAUAAAUACACGUUUGUCUGUGAGAGAUGGCUUGCUGUAGAGGAAGGCGAUGGACAAGUGGAUCGGCUCUUGCCAGUAGCGACGGAAAAGGACCUGACGAGCAUUGGCAAAGUUUUCUCUUCUAAAACUAGCAAGGAUUUCCGAGACGGGCACCUGUGGUUCUCGGUGCUGGGGCGCCCGGCCUACAGCAGCUUCACGCGUGUACAGCGUCUGUCUUGCUGCCUGUCACUGCUGCUCUGCACCAUGCUCACCAACAUCAUGUUCUUCGGCAAAGGCGAGACUUUCGCCAAACCGCCGCCGGUCGACAUUCUUGGCUUUGAGGUCCAGUUUCCCUUGUCCUGGGGUCAGAUCAUAAUAGCAGUUGAGAGUGCUCUGAUAGUGUUUCCAGUAAACUUAGCCAUCGUCCAAAUCUUCCGCUACUGUGGACAAAGGCCGAGGAAGGAGAGGAGGGACGGAAUAAAGAAGACUGGAAAGCCGAACUCCGAUAACAUAGACUCGGCUUCAACAGCUUCACAAUCCACUGCAUCAACGGCAUCGAUCGAAUUUGGUAACACGCUGGGGGAGGACGAUGUCGAGGUGAUGGUGCACAAUUUUUCCUCGCCCAGAGACAAAUCCGCCCCGCCCAUCGCUGGAAGCAAGGACGACUGGCUUUUCCACAAACUCCCUUACCACAACACCACGGGGGAAAGUAUCCAAAUGGUGGAAAGAACCUGGAUUGGUCAAAACGACAAGAACGCAACGGAAGCUAGAAGGGAGAAGAAGAAAGGGAGAACAUUGCUUCCAUGGUGGUGCGUGUUCUUUGCGUACUUUUUGGUGUUUGCGUCUUGUUUCCUGUCGGCAUUCUUCACGAUGCUGUACGGGUUCGAGUACGGCAGGGCGAAGGCCGAGGCCUGGCUCAUCACUUUCCUCACAUCCUUCUUCAUCGACCUGCUCUUCACACAGCCAAUCAAGAUCGUUCUAUUGGCCGUUUUCUUUGCGCUCAUUUUCAGGAGAAUGGACAGCGAAGAUGAAGAGGUCCCGACUGGGCAGCUGGAGGAUGAUGAGAUAUACAUGGCUGCUGAUAUGGAAAACUGGAGCAUGCCGACCUCUACCGAAACCAAUCCGCCCACCCCAGAGGAGUUAGCGGAGUCCCGAGCGCAGCGGUUCCGGGAGCUGACGGUGCGAAGCGCCUUCAAAGAGCUGCUCUUCUACGUGCUCUUCAUCGCCGUCCUGGUUAUUGUCGCCAACGGACCACGUGACUCCAUGAUGUAUUAUCAGACUAAGCACCUCCACAACACCUUUCUAUCUGGUGGCGGAAACCAUUCCCUCCAAAAGGCCACAUCUUAUGAGAAAUUUUGGAAGUUUACCGAGCUUGCGUUGGUUCCCGAAAUAAGCCCAACAAGUUGGUACAAUGGCAUGACUUUCCAGCCAGACGGUUACCUUAGCGACCACCAAUCCUACAUCGUCGGGACUGUCCGAUUCCGCCAACUCAGGGUCAAACAAGACGAGCAUUGCACGAUCCAGAAGCCGUUUAUAGGUCUCAUCAACAACUGCGAUGUGGAGUACAGCUACUUCAUGAACGAGGACAGACAUUACACGGAAGGCUGGGAAGGACCCGCAAAUGUAACAGACGAUCCGCCAGUCUAUGAAAACUACACCGAGCAGGAGCAACCUUGGCUUUAUCACGAGCCGACGCUGUACGAUAUCCCUACAAGCGGGAGAUAUGCAGUGUACUAUGGUGGCGGCUACGUCGCUGAGCUGACUAACACCACUCCUGCGGCUUUGCUGUCCACCCUGGAGAGGUUGCAAUCCAGCGGGUGGAUAGAUCAACAUACGAGAGCUGUUUUCGUGCAGUUCACGGUUUUUAACCCCAACACGAACCUGUUUUCCAUAAUGGAGCUGAUGACUGAGUUUCCAACACUAGGCAGCACCUGCGCGAAGGUAGAGGCCACAACUGUUCGCCUUUACCGCUUCCAAACCAUCUGGGCGAAGGUUGUCGCGGCUUUCCAAGGAGUAUUCGUCCUGUUUACCCUUUACUUUGUCUUUAGAGAGUUUUCCAGGAUCAUGCUGCUGGGCUGGGGGUACUUCAAGAUGUUCUGGAACUGUCUGGAGCUGAGCUUAGCGCUCCUGUCGCUGGCUGAGAUCGGCAUCCUCCUCUACACCCUGUAUCUCAUGCUGGGGUUCAACGCUCCACAAAGGGCUACAGAAGCUGCCCAGGACAGUUACGAAAAGUACCGCCAGGCGGCGCUCUGGGACCAGGUCAACACCUACGUGUUAGGCUGGCUCGUCUGUGUGGCGACCUUGAAGCUCCUGCAUCUCUUCCGCUUUAACAAGCACAUCGUCCGGGGAGCAGAUACAAUGAAAAAGGCUGCAGGUCCGCUGACUGGGUUCGGCAUUGUGUUCAUCACUGUGUUCUGCGCGUUCACCAUGCUGUUCUUCCUCGUGGUCGGCACCAAGCUGGAAGGCUUCGCUAACUUCGCCAGCGCCCUGCAGACGAUUCUGGUGAUCAUACAGAGCGCGUCUAGCUACUAUGUGAUUGCUGAAGCAAGCAGUGUGCUGGGCCCGAUAGCCUAUUUCGCUUUGCUAGGCCUCUUCCAUUGGGUCAUGCUUCUCAUGUUCGUCGCCAUCUUGGACGACGCUUAUCACGAGUCUAUGGCCGAGCAGAAAGGCGGGAAGACCGAAAACGAGAAGGUUGCGGACAUGAUGAUACAGCGGGUUAAAACAGCCGCACUCACAGUCGCUUCAUGCGGGAGGAGAGAAAACAGAUCGAAGACGUAUGAAGUUCGCAGGAGACCAACUGAACAGGAGCUACUGGACAUAUUCAACGGGCCCGAACUGAUCCGGAUGGUGGAGGAAAAGAGCAACAGUAAUCAGACCUUUGAAUUCGUGCUGGAUGACCUACAGGGGAAUAGAGAAUCAACCACGGACGAACCUUAUAAUUCUGAAAGCAACACAAGAAAGCCAACAGCGAGAGAGCCUGACUGUAAGACGCUUGGCUACAACCCAGUGCUGUUGUCCGAGCAGGACAUAGCUGACGUUUUUGUAGGACCAGGAGUGCUGAAGUUCCAAUCAUCUAAAGAUUCGGAUGGGGCUUCUGUCGUUGAGUUCCAGUUCUGACUUCUAAACGGCCGUUGUUGUGGAAAUUUAGGGUCAAAUUAAAUAGUAGAUGUCAAGUUCCAUGACCUGUAUGUACACAACAGAAAAUAAGUAAGCCAUUACGAUUUAAAUCCUUUUCCGCGAUAUUGGUGGGUAACUUGAUUGCAGAGCAGCUAGUUGAAGUUUUUAAUCCAACGCAGUCCGAUGAAAAAUCUAUAUAGUUACAACAUGAUUGUAGGAAACCGUAUGCGUUAUGUCGUCAACUUUUGUUUGUAAAUUACAUCACCAUCAUUCUCUUGACCCCAACGAGGCUGAGUCCAUACACUACUGUAGACCGCACCAGUGUAUCCGCCAUAGCCGCUGUCAGGUCCUUCUCGGCAAGCCCGUCGGCAAGGCCGAACUGUUUUCGUGCAGUUCACGAUUUUCAACACCAACAAGAACCUGUUUUCCAUCAUGGAGUCCUUUACAGAAUUUCCAUAGUUGACUCUGAAAAUAGAAAUGUCAUAAGGGAAGCUAUACCCGAACAUACAAGUAAACUGAAUAUAAUCUGGAGUUCUGAUAAGAUAACAACAGUACAAGCUUUUCGCCCUCUCCUGCUGGAGAUGAUGUAUAGUAAGAAAGGUCCCAUGACAACAGGCCAAGGUACCAGUUGGGGUUUAUGUAGCUGUAAAAGGUAUAAGCAGAGUUGGAUAAUGUCUGUUUCUUGAAAUAGACGUGUGCAAUAUAAGGGCAAUAUGUCUAGGGCAUAUGUGUUCCAGUUUCUGUACCUUCGCGAAAAAAGAAUACUUAAAACAGAGGAACCAACGGCAUGGUAUUUCAUUAAUAAAUAAAAUGAAUACACGAGCUUCA